AGCGGAAGGAGGAGGGCGGCGUUGCUAUGGCGACCGCUCAGACGUCAUUUGUGCGCGACGGAAGCGCGCCCGCCUGUGGCAGAAGAUGGCGGCGGCGAAGCGCAGCGUCCUGUCCUCGUUGGCGGUUUAUGCCGAAGAUUCAGACCCGGAGUCGGAUAGCGAGACCGGGACGGCGGGAAGCGAUGGGGGAACGGCUACGGGAGAGAAAGGAGGGCUUGUCUCGGUUGGGUAUGGAGAAGAUGAUUUCAGCCGCCUGGAUGGGGAUGAGGAGGGGUAUGAAGAGGAGGACGACGAGAACAGCAGGCAGUCAGAAGAUGACGAUUCAGAGACUGAAAAACCUGAGGCUGGUGACCUAAAGGAAUUCUCAGAACUGGAGAAAAGAGAUCCUCAGGAGCUAGUUGCUUCUUUUUCAGAGAGAGUUCGGAACAUGUCUCCAGAUGAGAUCAGAAUCCCUCCUGAGCCUCCUGGCAGAUGUUCUAACCACUUGCAGGAUAAGAUUCAAAAGCUGUAUGAGAGGAAAAUAAAAGAGGGCAUGGAUAUGAACUACAUCAUUCAAAGGAAAAAGGAAUUCCGCAACCCCAGUAUCUAUGAAAAGCUGAUCCAGUUCUGUUCAAUUGAUGAACUUGGUACAAAUUAUCCAAAGGACAUGUUUGAUCCUCAUGGCUGGUCAGAGGAUUCGUAUUAUGAGGCACUAGCAAAAGCUCAGAAGAUUGAAAUGGACAAACUGGAGAAGGCCAAGAAGGAGCGCACAAAGAUUGAAUUUGUGACUGGCACUAAGAAGGGCACAACAACAAGUGCUGCCUCUACAACAACCACAACAGCCAGUACUACGGUUGGAGAUGCACAGAAGAGGAAGAGCAAAUGGGACUCAGCCAUCCCUGUAACAACAAUAGCUCAACCCACCAUCCUCACCACUACUGCAACACUGCCAGGUGUUGUCACAGUGACAACCAGUGCAAGUGGAUCCAAAACUACAGUCAUAUCAGCUGUUGGCACCAUUGUGAAAAAGGCAAAGCAGUGACCAGCACUCUGGGCUUGGAUUUUUGGACUGAAUUGUCAUCAAAACCAUUGUUCUUGAAAGGGAGGGGUGGCUUUCACCUUUGGUAAAUGAUGACAAGAUUCUUUGAAACAGACCACAGCUCUCAUUUGGAGGAAUGGGGGCAGGAGCAGGCAUGCCAGCUGUGUGUGCACACCAAUGGACCUCUGCCGAAAAUGCCUCUCUUCUUGCUUCAGGAAGAACCAGCCUCUAUAUUGUGCUGGAGGAAGAUGAGAUACAAAAUUUAUUUGUUAUAUUACUGCAUUAGGUUCUUAUCCUCCUUGCAAGUCUGGUUUAAUGUUGUUUUUUUUUUAAAUUUAAAAAUGGAAA